GUCUCAGUGAGCAUGCUCAGACUCCUCAGUGUUGUCAGGCAAAAUAUAAGACAGCAGUAGGAGCAGAGAUCUGCAAUAGAUAAACACACAGACUCACACACACCAGCUGGCUUGCUCGCAGACACACACCACAAGCAUCCAGAGACAGACGCUGUAGAACUGGGGGAUUUUGGCACUGGUUUCUCUAAUAUCUUAUUUUAAUGGGCUUAUUGUCAUCUAUCAUUUCAGUAGAAAACAGCCACCGAGGGAGAGAGGCAGGUGUGCCCUUUAAGAGGGGGAGCAGCUGAGGCAAGGACAGUAUCCAAGUCUCCGUCCUCUGUGGAGGUUGUGCAGUUCUAUAGAGUGCAAGAACGAGAGGUGUUCAAUCAAAGCUCUCCAGUUUUCUGUUCUCGUUCCUUCCACCUGGAAAUAGGCUGAAAUGGUUGGCAGUAUUCACAGGCCUAAACCUGAGUGAGCCCUAUGAACAGCAGACCCAAUGGAUGUCAAAGGCCAGUGCUGGACAGACGAGGAGUCGGACGGAGAGAACGAGUCGGAACAGUUCCUUUAUGGCAUUCAGGGGAGCUGCGCUGCUGACCUGUACCGUCACCCUCAAUUGGAUGCAGACAUUGAGGCAGUAAAAGACAUCUACACUGACAGUGCUGUCUCUGUCAGGGAGUAUGGAACCAUUGAUGACGUCGACAUCGAUCUUCACAUUAACAUCGGUUUCUUAGAUGAGGAGGUUGCGACAGCUUGGAAAGUUAUCAGAACAGAGCCCAUUAUUCUGAGACUGCGCUUUUCUCUUUCUCAGUACCUCGAUGGACCUGAGCCGUCAGUAGAAGUGUUCCAGCCCUCUAAUAAAGAAGGCUUCAGCCUGGGCCUGCAGCUCAAGAAGAUCCUGAGCACGUUCACCUCACAGCAGUGGAAGCACCUCAGUAAUGAGUUCCUCAAGGCCCAGCAGGAGAAGAGGCACAGCUGGUUCAAAGCCGGAGGAACCAUCAAGAAAUUCCGUGCUGGGCUCAGCAUCUUCUCCCCCAUACCCAAGUCUCCAAGUUUUCCUCUGAUCCAAGACACAGUUCUAAAAGGGAAGUUGAGCGUCCCUGAGCUGAGAGUGACCCGCCUGAUGAACCGCUCCAUCUCAUGUACCAUGAAGAACCCUAAAGGGGAACUGUUCAGCUACCCCCCAAACAGCCAGACUGUGGCUGUCCCAGCGGCCAGGGCCCCAGCGCAGAUUACCACGAGGCAGCUGAUUGAAUUGUUUUUCUCAUCCCAGGCGGGCGGCCACUGCAAGAACAUCCCUACCUUGGAGUAUGGCUUCUUAGUUCAGAUUAUGAAGUACUCAGAGCAGAGGAUCCCCACGCUCAACGAGUACUGUGUGGUCUGUGACGAACAGCACGUCUUUCAGAAUGGAUCCAUGCUGAAGCCCGCAGUGUGCACCAGGGAGCUGUGUGUGUUCUCCUUUUACACUCUGGGUGUGAUGUCUGGAGCUGCAGAGGAAGUGGCCACUGGAGCAGAGGUGGUGGACCUACUUGUGGCUAUGUGUCGAGCUGCGCUUGAGUCUCCCCGUAAGAGCAUCAUCUUUGAGCCCUACCCAUCGGUCGUUGACCCCAAUGACCCCAAGACUCUGGCCUUCAACCCAAAGAAGAAGAAUUAUGAGAGACUGCAGAAGGCACUGGAUAGCGUCAUGUCCAUCCGGGAAAUGACCCAGGGCUCAUAUCUGGAGAUCAAGAAACAGAUGGACAAACUGGACCCUUUGGCCCAUCCCCUGCUACAGUGGAUCAUUUCCAGUAACAGGUCUCAUAUUGUCAAGCUGCCUCUCAGUAGGCAACUGAAAUUCAUGCACACCUCCCACCAGUUCCUGUUGCUCAGCAGCCCCCCAGCCAAGGAGGCUCGUUUUCGCACUGCCAAGAAGCUAUACGGCAGCACCUUCGCCUUCCAUGGUUCCCAUAUAGAGAACUGGCACUCUGUUCUGAGAAAUGGACUAGUCAAUGCCUCUUAUACCAAACUGCAGCUGCAUGGGGCAGCAUAUGGAAAGGGCAUCUAUCUGAGCCCCAUCUCCAGCAUAUCUUUUGGAUACUCAGGGAUGGGGAAAGGACAGCACCGCAUGCCCACAAAAGAUGAACUGGUGCAGCGUUACAACCGCAUGAACACCAUACCACAGAGCCGUCCAAUACAAUCAAGAUUUCUUCAGAGUCGAAACCUGAACUGCAUCGCUCUGUGUGAAGUUAUCACAUCUAAGGAUCUGCAGAAACACGGUAACAUCUGGGUGUGUCCAGUAUCCGACCACGUCUGUACUCGCUUCUUUUUUGUGUAUGAGGAUGGCCAAGUAGGAGAUGCCAACAUCAACACCCAGGAGCCUAAGGUUCAGAAGGAGAUCAUGCGUGUGAUUGGGACCCAGAUCUACUCCAGCUAAUGGAGGUUCAGUAGCGACGCUUGGAUCAAUUCGUCUCUCUGGCGGAGGCACACUGGCAGGCAGACAGAUAGAGCGAAUGUUUGGGCGAGCUGACCUCAGGCCUGGUACUGAAGGCUGAGGGAGCUCUCGAGCACAUUAUUUCUAGAGUCAUUUUGUUCUGGUCCUCUCAUUUUCCCCACUCUCUCCUUUGUUCCCCUCUCUCUGAGUGGUUACAUGUUACAUGUUCAUUUAACCCUCAGUGAGUUUUAGCCUGGUCACAGUCAGUCUGGUUUUCUCAAUCCAUGACCUUUACAACAGAACUGUAACACUCUGGUGAAGAAAAAAAUGAGGUAGUCACCGGUGUGGCUCUCCACACAUAUACACACACUUUCAAACCCUGGGUCAACUGGGCUCUCUCCUUUCUUGCUGCACUUUUACUGAUCCUUUGAACUAAUUAUCUCUAUUUAUCAUCUCUCUUUGUGAAUAUAUAGUUUAAAAAAAAAAAAAUCAUUCCAGAAUAUAAUUAAAUCCCUUUGUGGCUGGAUGAAUUUACAUGCACAUAGAACUUUGCUCUCUUAUUGUGUUUGUAAAGGCAUUAUCUCUGAUUCGUUUAUUUAAUUUUCUUUGACUAAUGACAUGAAUUAAGGUCUGUGACAUGGUUGUCUGAGGGGCAAGCAUUGCUGUGUCAUUUUGUCCUUGUCCACUGGAUAAAACUGCCAAUAUCCAGUAAGCGAGGUGUGGCUGGAAGUUAAUACACUAGAGGCACUUUGAUUCUCAAAUUUAAAAAAUCCAACCAUUGACAAUAUUAUGAUUUUUCAUUACAGAAUUAAGACCGUUCUGAUUGAUGAUGCACUCUGGAAACCUCACAGCUCUAAACAGCCCCUCAAACAAACAAAAAACCCACAACUUUUAUCCGAAUGGACAGAAGUAUAACAUGUCUGGUUAAAUAAGAGCAAUGGUCAUAAAAUUUCCUUAAAGCUUCAUUUAAUAUUUUUGCUAUUAACAUGCUAUUAUUUUUGCGUAUUCUUGCAUCUCUCAGAAAAGCUGAAACCUGGCAGUGAACUAUUGUGUUCAUAAAAGAAAAAUGGGUAUAUACCACUCUACUUACUCGAAAAGUCUGAGCAGCUUGACAUUUUGACAAAGAUGAAAGAAGAUAAGAUUAAAAAAAUCUGUUUGUUUAAGUAGGCAUAAUUUUUUCUUUGGAUAUUUUAUUUUGGAAUAAAUCUCUCCUUGUGUCUGAACUACACUUCCCAUUGGAUUCACAACUUACGAAAUUCAAUGUACAGAAAAAACAUGGACAAUUUAACCAAACUAUCUACUGACAGUAUCUAGUCCAGGUGAGCUCACAUCUCUCCCACCCCUACCUAAUGGACACUGGAUGUUAUAGAGGUGCAUUAAUGUGCAGCUCUUUGGUUUCACCUUGGAGAAUGGCAACCUUGUAUAGUUAAUCAAGUUUAUCAGUUAGUCAUGUACUGUACGUAUGUAUGUACGUGUGGGUUUGUAUUUUCUUGACAUUAUACUAGACAUUGCACUUAUUCAACGUUUGCCUAAACUGGGGGAAAAAGGACUGUCCUUGGACCUGCAGUAGACAGGUAGUGGAGGAAAAAGAGGGGGGAAAAAAAAGUAUUUAUGGAGUCAGGAAGACUAUAAUAUCCAACAUCUUAACUAUGUCUGUACUAAUAUGGGCUUUCAGUGUCUCCUGGAACUGAAAAGUCUGACUACUGAAUGGACUUAUGCUGAGGCACUGAAAGAGGAUGAACUGUAAAUAAGGACACUGGAGUACUUGUUGAAAUGUAUUGUCCAGAAAGAGAUGGACAUGUACAGCUUACUCAUUGUGUUGCGGGACUGCGCUAACAACCAAUGCUUGUUUUUGCCGAGAGGUUUGAGCUACAAGUCUCUUUGAGAAUCUAUUCUCUCGCUCUCUUUCUCCGGUGAGUAACGCUUUCAAAGACAAUGCUGACGACAUUGAUGGUGAUUAUGAGGAUGAUGAAAGAAUAA